CCGUGCCCUCCCUCGGUCGGACCUCCAAGAGCAACAGAGGAGGCGAGAGUCAGCGCUGGACCAUCACCCUUCGACGUGUUUCUAUUCUUCGAGAGAGACGAGCGACGAGCGAGGACAGGAAGAAAGAAUCUCAUAAAUGCCGAGACGAUUCACGAGGAUUAACGUUUCGAUCGUGUCCACAGGGUUAGUGCGUUCUUCGCUUGUGCCUCUUGUGCGUCGGUGCGCUUCGCUAGGAACAGGAAUUGGCUCAGGGACGGCUCGAAUUUGCAGGGAGCGAUUGGAUUGUGGGUCGGUUUGAGGAGUUUAUCUGUAAAUUCUGAGGAUACGGAGAGUAGUUGGUGACGGGGAGGGCGAGAGGAAGAGGAAGAGAGAAAGAGAGAGAUGGCGGGAGGGGGCGAGGAGACGAGUAUGGACAAGGUGAUGAGAGAUGGAGGAGUGGUGGCGCUCAUUGUGGAGAAGCUGCGGAGCGCGCACGAUAGGUACGCGGCAGCUUUAGUUUGCAGGUUAUGGCAUGAUGCAGUGGUAUGGCAAGCGACGACGCUGACAUUGCGCUCGAGGGAUUCGCUGCCGCAUUUGGUGAGGACGUUCAAGCACAUUGUGGCGUUGGAUCUGAGUUGCUGCGACGAGCAAUUGACGAACUCGGAGCUGGAGUUUUGUGCUUUCUCGUUCGCCCAUUUGCGAUCGUUGAGUGUAGGCCAGGCGGAUUUGAAUCAGGACAGCAUAUCUGACGAGGGAAUCUUGGCCUUCGCCGAAAGAUGUGGGCAUUUGGAGCAGAUAAAGCUUGCGAAUCUUCCCAAGGUAGGAGAUGCGGCCAUGCAGGGUUUAAGUAAGGGGUGUCCAUUGCUACGGUGCUUGAAUCUUCAUAAUUGUAUUGCAAUGGCCGAUGAUUCUCUGGAGGCCAUUUGUGAAUUCUCUAAUCUAGAGGAACUGCAGUUGAAGGGCGAGUUUAAAUUCACAGCCGGUGGAUUGGAGAAAAUUGGUACCCACUGCACAGGCCUGGUCAAAGUUUGCUUCGAUCUUGGGGCCACAAAAAUUGAUACGGCAUUGAGGUCUCUGGCCGAGAGUUGCCCUAAAUUGCAAGACCUUUCUUUGAAAUUCAAGCAUGCAAACUUGAGGGAGCUUGCGAAAUGUAGAUCGUUACGGUCCUUCUCCGUUGAAUCUGACCAAGCGUGGGAUCGCGAACUGAACCUGGAUGAGUCUGUAGUCGCUAUCGCGAAAGCAAAUAAGAACCUGAAAGAAUUUUCUUUUCUUAUCAAGGGUGGGCUAUUGAGCGACGGUGCGGUUACAGGGAUCAUUCUUGCCUGCCCACUGCUGGAGACGCUUCAGUUGGAGGCUUGCAAUUUGACAGACACAGCGUUGAUGUGCAUUGUGUCCUGCAAAUCGUUACAGCAUCUUGUUUUGGACGGUUUAAGAAGUGGAGGGCAUGGAUUGACGGAAAUAGGUCAGUGCGGAUUGGGACUGACGACCUUUGCGUUGAAGAAUGCUAGAAGAGUUAAAGACGUGGAGUUGCAGACUUUGAUGGAUGGUAACAGGGGGUUGGAAACGUUAGACCUGCAAUCCUGUCAGGGACCUUCCGGGAUAGGUUUUUCAGCAAUUGCGCUUUGCAGUAAUCUGCAAUAUUUGGAUUUAAGUUCAACGGAUGUGGAUGAUCUCAGCUUGCUCGCAAUUGCCAGUGGUGUCCCAAACUUGAAGCAGCUUAAUCUUGUUAAGUGCAAACGGAUCAACAGCAUGGAAACUAUUGCUCGCUUCACUUCUUUGGAGGUGCUUAACGUGGACCAGUGCUCCUUCGUCGAAAACCAGGGUCUGGGAAGAGUUGCAGCAAGCUGUCCUCGUCUCAACAACCUGAGUUUGGCUUUCACCAGGGUGAAUGAUGAGGGGCUCCAAAAGUUGACUGUCUGCAGUAUGUUGCGGACUCUACGAGUUUCUUACUGCCGGUUUGUGCUUGGGGAAGGCGUGGUCGCAAUAGCCAAAGCCUGUGGUGGAUUCAAUCAUGUGGUUCUAAGCUACAGAUUCCGGGAUACCCCUACUCACAAAGCUCUCAAAGAACAGUCCUGCAGGGUUUCUCUAGAAAUGGACGACAUGGCUUUGGUGCCAUUCGGGUACAAUUUAAUGAUGUAAAUAUCUUCAAAAACGGCCGAACAUUUUCUGCUGACUACAGCUCAUGCGACUCGGUAAGGGCCCACGAUGGCCACUUACGUGUUCGGAUGCAUCAAGGCACGCUCUGUGGUCUUUUUGAAGAACGUCCUGAGAAAGAGUAGUAUGUCCGGUAUGCUGGUGGGGCAGAACUUUUCACAGAGGCUCGUAAGACUCCCAUUUGGAUUGUGAGUAUGCUUGGACUGUGAAUAUGUAACAACAUCGUGUGUUUCUCAUCCUAUGGCAUAAUCUUCUCUUUAGGGCAGUGACAAAGACAGUUUUGACGGCAGUGGUACCAUCCCUAUCCAGAGCAGCUUGGACUCAGCUGGACAUGCCCUGCCAUUAACAAUUUCAUGUCCUGCCUUGAGGAAGGCUCAAGACAGGACUCUUAACAUACCGGUUGUCGUUGUAGAGUAGUUUUUGCCUGUAUAUUUUUCCUGGCGCGCCUUGUACUCCAACGGCUUGUAUAAAUUUAUUGCUCGGUUUCACCAUCUUUGGAAACAACUCUCCAUAAUAAUGAACGUCGUUACGGAGCUGUGCUUG